AUGAAGCCUUCUCGUUUGCCCGAAGAUCUGAUUCUUGAGUGUCUUGUUCGACUUCCCCGAAAGUCCAGGUACACGGCAUCUCUUGUAUGCCGUAAAUGGCUUCAGCUUAUUAAAAGCCGUCAAUUUUACCUGCUCAGGAAACAACUUGGACUUAUCAAACACUUGGCUUGCUUGCUACUGGCCCCUCCUGAGAUGAGAUCAGACCAACCACUCCCAAUUGUUAGCUCGCAAAGGAAACUCGUCCUUUUGAAUAGUUGUGAUCCGCUCGUUAGUUCACUUUCGAAUUCAUUAUUUGUGUUUGACUUUUCAACUGGACUCUGGCGGCAAGGAAAGAGCUUGCCAACACGGAAGUAUUAUUUCGCGAUGGCUGCUUCCGACGACUGCCGGGUAUUCGUCGCCGGUGGCUUUAGUUUGUCAAAUUCUUUCCCCGGUGACUGA